AUGGUAACCAUGGAAUCAGAAUGGGAUCAGUGUGAGCUUCCAGGAUACGAUCAGUAUGAAGAACAGUGCGGUACCAAGACCGUUCCGCUGACCUUGUGCAAUCCAGGAUAUAAAAGAGUUUGGUGGUGUGUGCAAGGAGCUGAUGGACUUCCAGAAGGCUUUGAUCCAAGUCAUGAUAUGUGUGAUAACUGCCUACCGAAUACCUUCCAGAAAAUGUAUAACAAGUGCAGGGUCUGCCAUCCCUGCUCCGUGUGUGAUGAGGGAGAAACUGUUGAGAAGGCAUGUGAAAUGGAUAGUGACACGAUAUGUACACCAUUGAACCCAGAACCAACGACAAGAUCCUUGCCACCACCCUUUAAGGAAGCAACUACGUCCUCAAAGGAAGCAGCAUACUCUCUUGAGCCAUCCACUGCAGCUUCGCUAACAGAUGAUUCAACUCCUACAACCGAUCAGACUGAUUUGCCUGGAGAAUCCCCAGAGGUGCUGCCUAUAUCCACUCCAUACGCCUCUAAUAAAUGGCUGUACGUAUGUUUAGCAAUCAUCGUUGCAUUGGCUGUAAUGCUCAUGUUCGCUUUGAUUGGCUGGUGGAAAGAAUAUCUUGCGAGGAAGAAGCUGCAAGAUAAUCAAGAGAAUAUCCCACUCGAUGUAAUGAUGAGAAACGGAAAUGCACGGUAUGAAGGUGAUGGAGACAGGGGGCAUGAAGAAAUAGAUCCACUGCUAGGAGACGAGCGGCAAAAUGAAGGAGCAGGAGCUGUCCAAAAUCCUGUAGAUAGAGAUGCUGUGCAAGCUUCAGGUGAUGCUGCCGUGGAUGACACAACUGACCAUGGGUUUGCUGAAGGUAGUCCUGAUGAUGCAGCUGAUGAUGGUGCAAUCGGGGAAAGUUGCAGUGCUUCUGAUAUCGCUACCAAUGAUACUGAUGGUGGUUUGAGUGAUGGGGCUCAAGGUUCUGCAGCUGAUGUUCGAGAGGCUGCUGAACAUCCUCUAGUGGUUGAUCGCACAACUGACAAUGGGUUUGCUGAAGGUAGUCCUGAUGAUGCAGCUGAUAUAGAUGCUAUUGGGCGAAGUGACAGUGCUUCUGAUACCGCUACUGAUGAUAUUGAUGGUGGUUCGAGUGAUGGUGCUCAUGGUUCUUCGAGUGACAGUGCUCAUGGUUCUUCGAGUGAUGGUGCUCAUGGUUCUGCAGCUGAUGUUACAGAGGCUGCUGAACAUUCUCUUGAUCAACAUACUAAGGAGGAAGCAACCGGUGGUAAGGAUGCUGGUAUUGAUGGUGCUGAUGUUGGUGCAUCUUCCAGAGGUGGACUAGAUUUCAACAUUCCUGCUGUUAAUCCAGUUGGUGUAGGUGAUGGUGCCAGUGGUGCUCUACCAGAUGAUCUAUCUUCCAUGAAAGGUACAUCCACUGUAAAAGACAUCAUUGCCAGUGGUGACAGUCAUACAGACGGUGCUGAUGGUGGCGGUGUUGCUACACACAGUGGAUUAGAUAUAGAGGACAUUGCUGAUAAGUCUACCAUGGAUAUAAAUGAUGGUGCAAAGCGAGUUACAGGUGGUUAUCAUGCUACACCUAAUGCAGCACCUGAUGAACUAGCCACCAAUACCAGCAGUGAUGAAAAUAGUUGUACAGAUGGUACAUGUACCAACAAAUCCAACAAUGCCUCUGUUCCUCCAUCUGGCUUUGCCCCUGAUCUUCAAUUAGAUGGUGCCUCUGGUCAUUCAUCUGGCCAUACCUCCGGUCAUCCAUCCAGUGCCUCUGGUGAUCCAUCCGGUGCUGCCUCUGGUCAUUCAUUAGGUGGUGCCUCUGGUCUUCCAUCUGGUGGUGCCUCUGGUCUUCCAUCUGGUGGUGCCUCUGGGCAUCCAUCUGCCAGUGCCUCUGGUCAUCCAUCAGGCGAUGCCUCCGGUCAUCCAUCUACCAUCGCCUCUGGUCAUCCAUCAGGCGAUGCCUCUGGUCAUCCAUCUGGCAGUGCCUCUGGUCAUCCAUCUGCCAGUGCCUCUGGUCAUCCAUCAGGCAGUGCCUCUGGUCAUCCAUCUGGCAGUGCCUCUGGUCAUCCAUCUGGUGGUGCCUCUGGUCCUCCAUCUGGCGGUGCCUCUGGUCAUCCAUCUGGUGGUGCCUCCGGUCAUCCAUCUGGCGGUGCCUCCGGUCAUCCAUCUGGCAGUGCCUCCGGUCAUCCAUCUGGCAGUGCCUCCGGUCAUCCAUCUGGCAGUGCCUCCGGUCAUCCAUCUGGCAGUGCCUCCGGUCAUCCAUCUGGCAGUGCCUCUAGUCUUCCAUCAGGUGCAGGUGAUGAUGACAGAAGAACCAACACUACCCCAGAACAAGUCAGGCCAGUAACUAAAGCCGACGAUGUAGUCACGACCAAGUUCCUCCAGCACGUCGCACAGGAGCUCCCCCACGUCCAAAUCAAGAUAAUCUGUCGGAUGUUGGGCCUCCAGGAAAGAGAUAUUAGUAACGUUGAGGCGCUGACGCUUAAAGAGGAACAAGGCUUUGAGUUUCUGAAGACACUGUUAGGUGCUGUAGGGAAGGAUUUGACCUAUCGUUCGCUCAUUCAAGCCAUGAACAAGAGCAAGAACAAACAUUAUGCAGAUCAUCUCAUCAGAGAUUUUCAUAUACCGGAAGAACUGUGAUGUGGUUCCUUUCUGUUUCUCAGAUGAGUGCAUUAUGACAUUCAUUAAGAAGAGCUUGUGUUAUUAUGGUAUUUAAAAAAAAGAUCAUGAAUUCUGAUGAGGAGGUGCUCAGUUGGUAGAGCAGUGGUCUCGUAAUCCAGCAACCCGGGUUCUAAUUCAAGGCGAUGCGCUAGUGCCCUUUGGUAGGAAUUAUAAUCCUCAUUACCAGGUCUCUCGGAGAGGACUUAAAGCCGUUGGUCCUCUGGUUGCUAAUACAACUACCACUACAACUUGUCAGAUUUAUGAUACAUUUGUACCAUGGUUCACAUUUUGUACUGCCCUCUGUGUUUCCUUGAGACUCAAUAAAUGGUAUUCAUAUGUUUAUAACUCACCUACUGCUAUUCAAGAAAGGGAGUACUAUAUACUGACAUAGACUAAAGGCUCCUUCAAAAAAGAUGCAGGAAACCGUGGCAGGAUUAAUUUUUAUAUAAUAUGUUAACGUAUGUCGAGAGGGGGUGAUCAAGGAACAAGUAUCUCUGUGUUUGCAGAUACAGAAGUGUGAAGUGCAUUUAUGCUUAUGUCGUCGUAAGAAACCUCUGUGAUUUCCUGUGUCAUCCGUGAAUGAGCCUAACAACUACCUGGUCUUACCAAACAGAGUAUUAAAAUCGUUGUUUACGUGUUGUUACUUAGGACAGGUUGAUAUUUUCAAAACAAAAUCUCCCUUUUUGUAUUGCUACAUGAACCUAAAUUCACAUCCAUAAACUUUUUUACCGCGUUUUGUGAUCCAUCUAAAUCCUGACCUUUUUUUAUUCCUGCAAUUAUUACCGGUUUAUAUUUGUUACAUAUGCACCUUCCGUUCUUGCAAAAAAAAGGAUGCAAUUAUUUUUCACUUGCUCUUUGUACAAUGAUUAGUGCGUACUUUUACAAAUGGGUUUCUUGUAUUCUAAUUUGCUGCAAGCACAGUAAUUCUUAUCAUUAAGUUACAACUCGCAUGUUAACAGUAAUUUUGCUUCUCUAUAUCAGGUAUUUGCUGCUUGUAUCACUGCUGUAACAGUCAUUUUUCAUGUGAGUGUUGAAUCAUUUUUGUUCUUGCAUCAUUGAAGAGCAAUCUAAUCAUUGGAAGUAAUGCAUUAUUUAAUCAGAGCUAACUCACUGCCUGGUCAGUAUUACCUGAUGCAAGGAAAGAAUAAAACAGUCUAUAAGGCCCUUUAGGGUAUAUCAGUUCUAUGGAGGUGUCAUGGUAUAGUGGUUCAUUCACUCGACUCUCAAUCCGAGGGUAGGAGGUUCAAAUCCCAGCCCAGCACUAACAUCCUUUGGUGAUCCACUUUUAGCCAUGCACUUUCCAUUUGUAAAUGCGUACCUGGCAACUGCUUGGGUUAUAAUAAUUGCAGGCCCUCACGAAGAACAGCAUUGAUGCUGGUGAGGCUUCCCUAUUUGUGUAAAGUAAUGGAGAGUAAUGCUGAUUUGAAAACCUUUUUUUUUUAUAAAAAGAGCACAUCGAAUGAGGCUACCUACUAGGCUUUGUUUUUAUACUGUCGCUGAAAUAGACCAAUCAAGAGUCACAUAUUUAUGCAUAUAAUUGAAAUAUUAUUCUUUGAAUAUUUAUUGUGUUUUCUUUCCAUGAGAAUGAUGAUCAAUCAUGAUGUUGAAAUGGGAUUGAUAGGUCUUGUAUUUAAUUAAAAUCUUUUUCAAGCAUACUGUAAACUGUUAUUUUCGCGCGAUUUUUUUUUUUUCGCGCCGAGUAACCCCAAAACAUAUUCGCUGGUUCUUAAUUUGUGUUGCACCAAAUUCAGCCCAUUCAGAACACGCAUAAGAAGUCAUGUUCAUAUUUUCGCAGGUUCUAAAAUUCGCGGAGAGCGACUUCAGCGCGAAAUUAGUGAAAAUGUAUGUACCGCAAAUAUUUCUGCGUUUGCAGUAUAGUCAUCAACAUAUUAUUCCUCUCAAUACACUUGUAUAUAGAUAUUGAUUACCUGUAUAGGUUUUCAUCUAUUUUUUCAGCUUUGUCAAAGAUUCAAAAUGUCUUUCAACUUUUAAAGAGGGUAUUUGAUACUCAUUAUUUUGUACACUGUAUUUGUGUGUUAAAUGCAAAGAAAUUGAAAUAUUUCGUUCAUGAUGUAUAGCUCUACAUAUGUGAAUUAAAAAGGUAUAAAAGAG